AUGACAGAGGUGCAUUUCAAGUACCAUGGAAAUCUCACUGGGCGGGCCCAUUUUCCCACCCUGGCAACAGAAGUUGACACCACUUCAGAUAAGUAUUCCAAUCUGUAUAUGUAUGUGGGCUUAUUCCUGAGCCUCCUGGCCAUUCUCCUCAUCCUGCUCUUCACAAUGCUCCUUCGACUCAAACACGUCAUCUCACCCAUCACCUCUGAGAGCACAGAAAGUGUUCCUCAAUUCACAGAUGUAGAGAUGCAGAGUCGAAUCCCCACUCCUUAA